UCGUCAAUUGAUCGCAAUCUCCUCUUACACGCGAGGAAACGACCUUACCCGUCUCGUCAUCCUCCAAAUUAGUUGCUAGCUCAACACCAUGGCUUCAUCCGUGAGAGACUUUCCCACAAUCAAGGCCAUUCGGUCCUUUAUAAUUGGUGGUGUGGGCUCAGGUGGUGACUAUCACAACGUCAAGGGUGGUCAUUGGCUCAUAGAUUCCGACAUCUCGACUCCAUGCUCCAUCUGGGAUCAAUACAAGAAGUCGAGGACAAGCUGGGGGAUCAAUGUCUUAGGAUCUUUCCUAAUUGAGAUUGAGGCAACAGAUGGGACUGUGGGAAUUGCAACGGGCUUCGGAGGCCCCCCAGCAUGCUGGCUAAUCCACCAGCACUUUGAGCGCUUCCUGAUCGGCGCCGACCCGCGCAACACCAACCUACUGUUCGAGCAGAUGUAUAGGGCCUCCAUGUUCUACGGCCGCAAGGGGCUUCCCGUGGCCAUCAUCUCCGUCAUCGACCUGGCGCUAUGGGACCUGUUAGGCAAGCUGCGCAACGAGCCGGUAUACAAGCUCAUCGGGGGCGCCGCUCGGGAGCGCCUUGACUUCUACUGCACCGGACCCGAGCCGAUGGCGGCCAAGUCAAUGGGCUUCUGGGGCGCCAAAGUGCCCCUACCCUACUGCCCGGCCGAUGGCCAUGUGGGGCUGAGGAAGAACGUCGAGUUCCUCCGCAAGCACCGCGAGAGCGUUGGGCCCGACUUCCCCAUCAUGGUGGACUGCUACAUGAGCCUAAACGUGUCCUACACAAUCGAGAUUGCCGAUAAGUGCAAGGAUCUCGACAUCAACUGGUGGGAGGAGUGCUUGUCACCCGACGACACGGACGGCUUCGCCCAGAUCAAGCGAGCCCACCCGACGCUCAAGUUUACGACGGGCGAGCACGAGUACUCGCGGUACGGCUUCCGGAAGCUGAUCGAGGGCCGCAACCUCGACAUCAUCCAGCCCGACGUCAUGUGGCUCGGCGGUCUGACAGAGCUGCUCAAGGUCUCCGCGAUGGCGGCCGCGUACGAUAUACCCGUAGUGCCGCACGCGAGUGGGCCUUACAGCUACCACUUUGUCAUUUCGCAGCCCAAUACGCCAUUUCAGGAGUACCUGGCUAACUCCCCCGACGGCAAGAGCGUGCUUCCCGUCUUUGGCGAUUUGUUCCUCGACGAGCCCAUCCCGACCAAGGGAUACUUGACGACGGCCGAUCUCGACAAGCCCGGGUUCGGUCUUACGCUCAACCCUGUCGCCAAGGCAAAACUGAUCCCUUCUUCAUAUCUGCUCAACCCACCGCCCGUCGCUGCUUUGAAGCCUGCAGAGGCGGCCUCGAAAGAGAAGGAGCAAACCGGGUUAGUUGAAAAGCUGACAGAAGGUGUCAAGGGUAUGAAUGCCAUUUAAAAGGAUUUCUGUGGAGGGGUUGUGGAGUUCCUGCAUGCAACUGGAUGAGGACCUGCUCUGCCGACAACUGGCAUUGGACAUAAAACUGUUAUGCAUGCUCUAGGCCGGAACCAGUGUGUAGCCCUAGGCUAGAUUGAUAUUUUGGACGGCACGAACCAACCAUCAGGUGGCCCUCAUUCAAGCCACGCUUCCCAGACUUGGUUGUGACGGCCGUGACACAGGAUCAAGCACGAUUAGUGGUCUGAUCACCAAAUUCCUGUAUUCAAAUGUUGCAUUCAUCAGGAAGCCGAGUCAAAAUCCUCAAACGGCCUCGGUGGCCAAUGCACCGAAACGCGGGGGUUUAGUG